AUGACGGUCAUCGCCGGCGAUGCUUUGGCGAAAAGUCGCCCUCUCCCGGCGUCGCCAAGACCCAGCAGCGGCCGCGCCGCUCCGUCGUUGCGCCGGCCGCAUUCCACAUUUGUCAAGUGGCGCGAGUCGCAGCUAACACCCCCGGCUGCAGAGAAGGGCGAGGAGACCCCGCUGGCCGACUACAAGGGCAAGGUUGUCCUGGUGGUCAACACGGCCUCCAAGUGCGGCUUCACGCCGCAGUAUGCCGGCCUCGAGGCCCUGUACAAGAAGAUCACGGAGAAGUACCCCGAUGACUUCACUAUCCUCGGCUUCCCCUGCAACCAGUUUGGCGGUCAGGAGCCCGGCACCGACGACGACAUUCAAAACUUUUGCCAGGUCAACUACGGCGUCACCUUCCCCAUCAUGAAGAAGGUCGACGUCAACGGCGACAGUGCCGACCCGCUCUUCAAGUGGCUCAAGGAAGAGAUGCCCGGUAUCAUGGGCCUCAAGCGCGUCAAGUGGAACUUUGAAAAGUUCCUGAUCGGCAAAGACGGUAAGGUCAAGGGCCGCUGGGCCAGCACGACCAAGCCGGAGUCGCUCGAGAAGGACAUUCUCAAGGAGCUUGAGGCUCCAAAGCCGUCUAUUUGA